UGCUGCCGCACUUUCCCGAUCACCUCAACUCGCCUGGACAUCUUGUUCUUGACGCAAGCAACGUGCCCUAUGUGUAAGCACUGCUUGGGUAACAGAAGCUGCAGAGAGACAAACUCAUAUUUCGGAGGUCCGCGCGGAAUUCUUGGGCCAGCGCGGGCCAGCUUGCAGUUCUUAGCUGCUCCCCGGACCUCUCCCAGGGUUUCGCGGAAAAUGCCGCCGUCGCGACGUUGGCCUCCAUGGCCAGGCCCUCAAGAAAGCGAAAACGAGGGAAGCGCACAGUAGCGGUAAAGUUUGUGCUUACGCAGUGUUUCCUGCCUCAACCGACAUGCUUGGAGCAGGGACCGCCACUGCUGGAAUGCUGGCGGGCAACAGCGGCAUGCGACGAUGCCCGGCGCCCUUCUGCCACGCGCCAGCCCGGACACCGCGGGCCGCCCACCCCCCGCGGGCAGGAGGCUCGGACAGGCCUCGCCCCACGAGGCAGCGCAGCGGGCCGAGCGGCGUCGGCGCUCGCGCCCGCGCGGCCUGCUCGGAAGAGCCUCGCCGCACCUGUCCAGAGGCUCAGCGGAAGUCAUAGGAGGGCAAGAGGAGACAAGACGGAAGCGGGAGGCGGGAGGCGGGAGGAGGAGGGGGAGGAGGAGGAGGAGGAGGAGGAGGAGGAGGAGGAGGACUGGAGACCGCAGUGCCAUAUUCAAAACGAAUACCCAACCAAGGAGGGUUGGGAAAAAGAAUCAUGGAAAUGCAGCGCGAUGGGUGCAGCGAAGGUCUCCGAGUGAUGGCACCUUGCGCGCCCGCCAGGCGUGCGCUUGAAGCUGGAGGCACUACGGGUCAUUUGCGACGUGCCCCGCCGCAAGCACAUCAGACAGACGACUAGCGACGCUGGAUGGACACAUCCGGAUGGACAGCAGCGGCUGCGGCAGAUGCGCCGAAGGCGCUCACCGGAAUUCUCGACCAGGCUUUUGUCGCUUAGCCCACGGCCUACGUCGCCCAUUAGGCGAUGAAUUCCCUCCCGCCACACUGAAGCUUGAUCGUCAUUUCUCUCCGCAACGCCAGUCG